GAGAGCAGGCGGGAGGCGGGUCCCGGGGGCCGGGGCGCGGGCAGCAUGCGCGGGCGCCUCCUCUGCGCUCUGCUGGGCGCCGCGCUGGCACAGUUUUCAACAAGUUGCCUUGUGGCCUCAGAGAUUAUACAGAAAUGCUUCAAGACUGGAAAGAGAAACAAGUGUCCGCAGGUGUGCUGCAGGGCGGCGGCGCCGGCGGAGCGGCGGGGGCGGCCCCUGUGCCGCUGGCCCUGCGAGUGCGGCGCGCGGCCCCGCUGCGGCCCCGGGGUGAGCCUGCUGACCGACGGCUGCGGGUGCUGCGAGGUCUGCGCCAGGCAACUCGGCGACGAGUGCAACGAGGCCGACGUGUGCGACCCGCACCGGGGCCUGUACUGCGACUACUCGGCGGACCGGCCGCGGUUCGAGACCGGCGUGUGCGCGUACCUUGUCGCUGUGGGGUGCGAGUUCAACAGGGUACAUUAUCAUAAUGGCCAGGUCUUUCAGCCCAGCCCCCUGGUUAGCUGCCUCUGCGUGAGCGGGGCCAUCGGGUGCACACCUCUGCUCCUUCCGACACCAGCCGACAGUGGCUGCUCUGGGGCUCGAGACAGAAAGAAGCCCGAUGGACUCGACUGUGGCCGGGGGCCGUCCGGACAGCAGCUUUCAACAAGCUACAGAACAAGGCCGGCUUAUAGGAACCUCCCGCUUAUUUGGAAAGGAAAAUGUCUUGUGCAAGCAACAAAGUGGACUCCUUGCUCCAGAACGUGUGGGAUGGGAAUAUCUGAUCGGGUCACCAAUGAAAAUAGCAACUGUGAAAUGAGAAGAGAGAGAAGACUGUGUUAUAUUCAACCUUGUGACAGUAAUAUAUUAAAGAGAGUAAAGAUCCCGAAAGGAAAAACGUGCCAACCUACUUUCCAACUCUUCAAAGCUGAGAAAUUCAUCUUUUCUGGAUGCUCAAGCACUCAGAGUUAUAAACCCACAUUUUGUGGAGUAUGUGUAGAUAAGAGAUGCUGUGUUCCUAAUAAGUCGAAAAUGAUCACCAUUCAAUUUGAUUGCCCAAAUGAAGGCUCAUUUACAUGGAAGAUGCUGUGGAUUACAUCUUGUGUAUGUCAAAGAAACUGCAGAGAUCCAGGAGAUAUAUUUUCUGAGCUCGAGAUCCUAUAAAACCUAGUAUAUAUGGGAAAAGUUAGGUUCAGGUGAUUAUGUCAUUACCUAAGAAAACUGGAAUGGUUUCAAAAGGGUGGCAAAUCUACCUUAUUGGUUUAAAACAGUAAGAAUGCCUACCUAUUCUCAGAUGACUAUCUUUAAGGCAUUAGAAGCUAUUAAAAAGGUUCUUUUAAAAAUA